CGUCGGUCUCACCGUCUGUCGUCGUCGCAAGCGUGUCUCUUGUCUUGUCGUCGUCGCAUCGCAUCUUCUUGCUCCUCCUCAAUCAACAUCAUCAACAUGGCAGCGGGGUUGAAGACCGUCAUCUUCCUCGCGUUCGUCCUCGCCCUCGGGUUUCUCCUCGUCAUCCUCAGCUGUGCGCUGUAUGCCAACUGGCUGCCGCUGCUGGUUGCCAUCACGUUCGUCCUCGCCCCCCUGCCCAAUUCCAUCUGCGGGCGGUGUGCGCGCGCAGACGACAUCUCGCCAGAGUACAACUCUGCGUAUGUCGACUUUGGGCGUUUCUUGACUGGUGUGCUGGUGGCCACCGGCUUUGCCCUCCCCGUCGUUCUGGCGCACUCGGAUCUCAUCAAGUCGCAGGCGUGCUGGAUGUCGAUUGGCGGCGGCCUGCUCGUGUACGGCACCAUCAUGGUCUACUCUGGCUGGUUUGGAUCGGGCAACGACGACGACUUUUAGGUGGAGAGCAGGGAGAAGUCAAGGCAAGGCGCGAGACAGUCACCGACAAGCCGGUACCAGCCAGCGAAUGGCGGCGGCGAUACCUCGAGUCUCACACGUUAUACCCCGCAGAACACUGCUAAUACGAUGCAUUGUGUCUACAUG